AUGCCGCCAGCAAACCGGCGAAGAGACGAUGACUCCGAGGAUGAGAGCUCGUCCGAUUCCUCGCCUCCGGCUAUUGCUCGACGAUCGAAGUUCAAUGAUGAGGAAGACGACAGCGAUGUUCUCGAGUCAUGGGAUGCCGCCGAGGACUCCGAGGUCGAACGUGAAAAGGCCAAAAAAGCAGCAGAGGCCAAAGCCAAGGCAGAUGCAGAAGCAGCUGCUAACAAAAAGUCAAAAGCGCAGAGGAUAGAGGAGAAGAGGAUGGCUACCAUGCGUAGAAAGGCGGAGGAAGAGGAGGAAUCGAGUAGCGAGGAGGAGGAUGAGGCGACCGCUCGCGCAAGAUUACGACAAACAGAACAGGAUUCGGACCUGAAGCACGCCGAGGACAUGUUUGGCAACAUUGGUAUCAAAAAGGAUCGGUCGGCUACAAAAGCUGUGGUGGCCGCAGAUUUGUCGGAUCCCUCGAGCGCCGUGGAUCUUUCCGUGCUUCCUCUCUUCAACCCAAACACGAAAGACCAAUUCCUGAAGCUGCGCGAGACCCUCACGCCCAUAUUGGCAUCCAACUCAAAGAAGGCCCAGUACACCCUUUUCAUGCAAGAAUUCACCAAGCAAAUAGUCAAGGAUCUGCCGAGCGAUCAGAUCAAGAAGAUAGCUAGCGGUCUGACCACGCUGUCCAACGAGAAGAUGAAGGAGGAAAAAGCAUCAGAGAAAGGCGGAAAGAAAACCAAAGCUGCUAAGAGCAAAGCGACAUUGGUAGCCAAUCGUGACACGAGCUUCAAGGCGGACACAACAAGCUAUGGGGCCGACGUUGACGAGUGA